CGAGCGGGCCCCCCUUCACAGAGCCGGCCCCCGCCGUCCUGCCUGGCCCUGGAGCGCGGCGGGGGCGGCCCCAUGGAGGGCGGCGGCGCCCCCGCGGGGGAGGAGGCGCCCAGCGCGGAGGCGCCCAGCGCGGAGGCCUCGUCGUCCUCCGACCGCUUCGUGGCCUCGCAGCCCGCGGGGCAGGAGGAGGAGGAGGAGGAGGCCGCGGCAGCGCCCGGGCCGGCCGCGGCCGCGCCGGGUGCGUGCCUGCAGAGACUGCACAUCCUGCCCUUCGCCGAGGCGGCCGCCAGGCUCGGCGACCGGAGCAGGAUCGAGUUCAUCGCCCCGGAGCUGCGGCGAAGGCGCGACGGGCAGGAGGUCCUCCGGAGAGGCGACCUCAUCAGGCACGAGGGCUGCGAGUUCGCGGUCAUCAAGUGCGAGCCCGACGAGGGGAUGCUCCACCCCGACACGGACUACUUCGUCGACGGGGAACCGCUGGUGGACUUCAAGAAGAUCCAGUUCACCGCCUGGGGCCCAGACGAGGAGAUGACCUCUGAGGCGCUCUUCUCGAACUUCAUCGUGGACCACUUCAAGGGCGAGUACGCGCCCCACGGGAACCCAGAGUCCACACGCGUGCGCCUCUUCUACUGCAACCAGAUGUUCCAGAUCGGCAACACCUGCUUCCAGGUCGAGGCCACGGAGCCCGCGGGGCUCGGGGUCGUCUCGACCCAGACGGAGAUCUUCGCGACCUGGGACCAGACGCCCGAGUUCGACAAGGUGCACAUCGUCCCCUUCUACGACACCCUCCCUCGGGCCUACGACUUCGACAUCUUCGGCGACUACCUGAGGCCCUACCUGAAGAGGUACGAGUGGAAGAAGUUCUCCCGCGACGAGCUCUUCACCUGGCAGGGCGUCCAGUUCAAGGUGGUCGCCGUCGAUCCCGCAGAUGCCACUGCCCGCAUUGGCAAGAGCACCACGAUCUAUCCCAGAGCGACGCUGGCAGCGCUGGGCGGCUUGUCGCUGCGGGCGCAUGGCACGCAGCAGCACCGGGAGAACCUCGAGGUCUCCGAGCUUGAGGUCCGGGGCGACGAGCUACGAGGCGGCGUCACGAAGCACGAGCCCGACGCCGCCAGCUACGAGGGCGGCGACGCGCAGCACGAGCUCGAUGCCGUCGGCUACAACCUUGGACGCCCAGCGACGGAGAGCGGAGUCGCGAGACACGAGCCCGAUGCCAUCGGCUACGAGGAAAGAGUGCAGCAGGCAGUGGCGCGUGUAGGGCUUCAGUGGCAGCGGCAGUGGCAGCAGGCAGUGGCGCCCGCUAUCUACACCAGGUGCUCCUACGACGUUGAUUGGCGCGUCCUGCAGGGCCACAUGAAGCAGGUCCAGCGGGCCAUCGCCAAUCUCGCCGAGACGGAGCUCAUUGGUCGGAGCAUGCCUAUCAGGCGAUACCAAAUGGCAUGA